UGCCGGGCGCGGGCGGCGGCGGGUGAUGGAGAGCAGAGCCAGAGCCCGCGCCGUCGCCCCGCGCGCGCCGCUUCCCCGCACCUGAACCGGGAGACCCUCGCCCCGCGAGCCUUUCCGCGGCCCCGCUACUCCGGCCGGCAUGUGGCCGCCGGGUCGCUCCGCCGAAACGCGCAGCAACUUGUCAAGCGCUGCGGAGGACUGCGGUUCGGUGUCCGUGGCCUUCCCCAUUACAAUGAUGGUCACCGGCUUCGUGGGAAACGCGCUGGCCAUGCUGCUAGUGUCGCGCAGCUACCGGCGCCGCGAGAGCAAGCGCAAGAAGUCUUUCCUGCUGUGCAUUGGAUGGCUGGCGCUCACCGACAUGGUGGGGCAGCUAUUGACUAGCCCGGUGGUCAUCCUCGUGUACCUGUCUCAGCGGCGCUGGGAGCAUCUCGAUCCGUCAGGGCGCUUGUGCACCUUCUUCGGGCUGGCUAUGACGGUGUUCGGGCUGUCCUCGCUCCUGGUGGCAAGUGCCAUGGCCGUGGAGCGUGCGCUGGCCAUCCGCGCGCCGCACUGGUACGCCAGCCACAUGAAGACUCGAGCGACGCGCGCGGUGCUGCUAGGCGUGUGGCUGGCCGUGCUCGCCUUCGCACUGCUGCCGGUGCUGGGGGUGGGCCGCUACAGCGUGCAGUGGCCCGGCACGUGGUGCUUCAUUAGCACCGGGCCCGCGGGCAACGAGACCGACCCUGCGCGCGAGCCGGGCAGCGUGGCCUUCGCCUCCGCCUUUGCAUGCCUGGGGCUGCUGUCUCUGAUAGUCACCUUUGCCUGCAACCUGGCGACCAUCAAAGCCCUAGUAUCCCGCUGCCGGGCCAAAGCCGCCGCCUCGCAGUCCAGCGCCCAGUGGGGCCGGAUUACCACCGAGACCGCCAUCCAACUCAUGGGAAUCAUGUGUGUGCUGUCUGUCUGCUGGUCUCCACUAUUGAUAAUGAUGCUGAGAAUGAUCUUCAAUCAAACGUCCGUUGAGCACUGCAAGACACAGAUGGGAAAGGGGAGAGAGUGCAACUCCUUCCUCAUUGCAGUUCGCCUGGCUUCGCUGAACCAGAUCCUGGACCCCUGGGUUUAUCUGCUGCUAAGAAAGAUCCUUCUUCGGAAGUUCUGUCAGAUCAGGAAGCACACCAACUAUGCUUCCAGCUCCACCUCCCUGCCCCGCCCAGGCUCCUCGGCUCUGAUGUGGAGUGACCAGCUGGAAAGAUGACAAACACCCCGAGGUGGACUUUCACUGUAGUCCCUGCUUCCCUGGAUCUGUGAAUUUCUUCCCCCUGAGAAAGAUAAUGGAAUAUUUUGGAUUAUUUUCCUUCUUUGGGCCACAGGUUUUAAUUUUUUUUUCUUGACGUUAAACACACGGAGACCCUGAACUUCUGGAUGCUGAUUGGCCCUCGUGAAGGACUGGGACUCUGCACUUGAGAAGUAGGGCAGAAUUGCACACCCUCGUCUGGUGAGCAGCACAGAUGGACUUGGUACAGCAGUGUCUCCAACUCCAGCCGCACCGGGACAUCGUCACAUGUUUUAACAGUUUGAUUCUUCUACAUAAGUUUGAAAAGGCAGCAUAACUUUUUAACAGGAAAUCAUUCAGGUGUUGAGAGCAAACUGUCCAUAUAAUAAACUAUGAGCUUAACGAGAUUUUUUUUUAAAAAAGCCACAUGAGAAAGCGGGGUGUUGUGCAAACAGUGUUGUGCCAAGCUGGCAUGGGACACCACAGAGUUGUGUGUCCUCAGCGAGGCUUCUGGGGAUAGGCCCUUCAGUAAUUCAGGAAUUGCAACAUUGUCUCACUGCUUUUAAAGGGAGCAGUUCAGCUAAGGGAACUGUCACUAACAGUUCCAAGGCUAGAUGAUUAAAUGUUCAGUUAAAGCCAUAAAAAGGAAAACCAGAUACAGCCAGCUAACUAUGGUUCCAGUUCAAUCUUACUUCUGAGUCAACAUCAACUUAAGAUUUCUCACAAUUGGUGCUCAGGCAGCACACACAAAAAGGGUAAAAUUAAUAAGAUUUUAAAUUAUUUAUCAGUUAUUCUACAUCUAACUAAGUCUGUGACUUUUUAUGAAAUAAUUUUGUCUAUAUUGAAAUAGUGAACUUUAAAAACUAUCUGAGUUCUUUAACAGCAUCCAACACCUUUACCUGCUUGUAAAUCCAACAGCCUCUUUUUCCUUCCUCAACCUGCCCUCUGGAUUUCUUUCCCCAGCCCCAGUUCCCUUAGUUCAGCAGAUAUUCAGUGUCUGCCUAGACACUCACAGCACCACGCUGUCACCUCUGUGGGCGUCUCAAGAAAAGAUGAGACUCUGGGAUCUGUUGUUUCGCACUCGGAGCCUGUACCGGGUGCACUCUGUCUACCUGUAACUAAGUGGUGUGGUCUGUGAAUCCGCUGUCAACUCCCACAGCUUUAUUUUGAUCUGUUUUUAUAACAGUCUUCAGUAGCCAUUAGCCAGUCAUUUUUACCACGCACUUCUGAGAGUUAAGCUCAGUGACCACCACUGAGUGCAGAGUAAAUGCCACCACGAGAAUGUCCAUCGCUCACCGCCACGGGUAUCUGGCUGUCAAUCUACUAUUUCAUCUUCACAGACCGAGCUCUGUACAGUGUUCCCCAUCAGGACCAUCACUUAAGGUUUGCUGCAAUGACACCCCACUUAAGGACCAGUGAUGUAGCAGGAUCAUGGGCUUUGAAGCAAAAUUGGACUUGACUCCCCAUACACCAUGCACAGGCCCUGUCUGUGACCUUGAGAAAGCUUCAUUACAUACCACUGGGUCUCAAAUUAUCCUACCCAUGAGCUGAAAACAGUGCUUCCUGUAGUGUUGUUGUGAUGACCUCUGUGAAGCAUAUGCAAUGUGUCAGAUCACUAAGCACUGACUGAUUAAUUCAUUGUUCAGAAUUAUCUUCAAGUACUUGCUAUGAGCUCUCAGUUUCGAUUUCAAACUGACUUCCUUACUCCCUGCAGUUGAAUGUCGUGGGCAGACUCCACUUCAAACCCAUGUGUUAGUAUCUGUAAGACCUCGGCAUCCGUUCUACCGUGGCAGAAUGUCCCAUAUGUUCUCUCCUUGUCCUUGGACAAUUCCUAUCCGUGUCCUCAUCUGUACCCUCGUCCUGAUGCUACAUGGAGCCCACAGCAUCUUUGCACACUGCCUUAAACGCUUUCACUCUCUGUGGUUUUUCCCCUUUCCUAUAUUGUCUUUAUCUCUUAGCUCCGUGUUAUCAGGCACCUAGGAAGUUGCUGUUGAUCUAAUUAAUUAUCAGCAGGGUGACAUUUAUGUACAGGACUACAGUCUGAAAGAGGAAAGACUUCGGUGGGAAGCUGCUUCCGUAUCACCAUUAUUAACUUUCUGAUUUUUGUGUCUGUAUCCAAGCGAUCUAAUCACACUCAGUGCAACACGAGAGUGUAAAGUUCCUUUUGUGGACGUAAAUAAUAAUGAGGCAACUGAAAAAAAAAAAGUUUGACAAAGGUGAUGUCCAGACACCAGACUGGCCCUUUCGUGACUCACCUAAACUCCGAGAGAAAAAGUAUGUGUCUAUGUAAAAUACGCCUGGUGCUGCUUUUUAAAAAAACAGGCUUUAGUUUUUAGUGCGGGUUUAGGUUCUCAACAAAGCCGAGUGGGAUCCAAAGGCCCCUUCGCCUUCUUGUCCUGGGAAAGCAUCUAUUGCAGAGCAGAUUCUGCUGCACCGUGCACUCGUGCUGUGGUUCAGAGACGCGUGAAUCAGCUUUAAGGUCCUUGUCCUCGCUAUCAUAAGUAAACACUCUCAUCAUGAUGUAAUGGGGUUGACACAAGGGCUAAUCCUCCCAAUAAACCACUGAGCUCCAUUGAGCUGCUGCCCCAACACACAGCAUAUAGAGAAGCGGAGUUGAUCAGUGGUUAUAACCAAUUAUAACACCAACCAUAAGACUUUGGGUUAAACAUGUGAAGUUGUGUAACAUCAAUGUGCUAAGUGGAUGUGCAGACCUGAGUUCUUGCCCCUUUUCACAUAUAUGCAAUGGAGUCUUUUAGCUAUAUGUAAUAUAUUUGUGUAAGAUACUACAUGUAUUAUGUGUAUGGUUCUUUAUAUAAUGUAACAAAUAUAUAAGCUAGCGUGUGUGACACAUCACAUGUUACAUAUAUCGAACAUGUCCUGUGUGUAUUGCAUGUAAUAUGUUUUGCAUCACUUUAGCCCUCUGGCAUUUGCACCGGAGGAAAGGAGUUACUGAAAAGUCCAAUAUCCAGUGCUGUCUUCUCGCACCAACACAAACCAGUGUGAAUGAAAACGGGCAAAGAAAAGCCCACUAGGCUGGUUCUGUGAUGUGAGGCCAGAAUAACGGGAAAGGCUGCCAAGCCUGCCUUAAGAGCCAGGCCUGGAGAAAGCAGCUGUGCUGGUAUUCGGAGACGGGGCUUUCACUAGAAACUGUAUUUGUCCCAAUAUCCCCAGGAGAGAAGAGAAGAGCAGAUCCAUUGCCUUGUACAGGUGCAUGUAGAUAUGCGUCUUGUAGUUAUAUAGGAGUCUACAAGACACAGAAAAUUCAGACUUUAAUUGGUCUGCUCUUUUAUUAUUUAUAAGAAAAGCUGAAAAUUAAAAUAAAGAUGAAGUGAAAGUUAUAGAAGUCUAUAGAAUAUAUUUAAAAUGACACAGUCUUCCCAUACCCUCACUAUUUAGGACUGUAUUUGGGGCAUGUUAAGAUAACUGUCACAGUGUGGGCAUCUUAAGGCUCUGUUCACUAUAAUGACGUAACUAUGUCCUUGUCUUGAUUCGUGCUUUUGUGUUUCAGGAAUCUGCGGUUUACUAACUGUUCUGUAGAUUUUUAAUCUAGGCAAUACUGUAAAUAUGAGUGGUUCUUGUUUUAUCUAUGUCCUAA